AUGCAUUCCCGUCAGGCAUCAAACCGAACCAUAUGGGAAAUCCGCCAUACUUUCUGCGUGGCCCUCCAGCCGCCCCUUGGCCAUGGCUCCCACCUGCCGCUCCUUCCUCCUACACCCUCGCUUUCGCCGCUUCACCAACAUCCUUUGCUCGCCUCCUCGACAUCAUUCGCUUCUUAUAUAGACAAUCCAGACGAGGAUGAAGACGAAGCCCCCACAAUUAUUGUCCCAGAAUCCGAGUGUGAAGCGGAACACGGAAAUCCUACUGAUGUGGCACCCGGAAACCUUCCCGAUAUUGAACCCGUGUUGGUUGCUCAGCGUCCCGGUGUUCCGUGGGCGCAGUCGGACCUUUCGAUCUGCCAGCAAAUGAAGGCAAAAUCCCGCGCUGUCAUCACCGUUCUAUCGUCUUUAAUCACAUGUGUAUCUAUGAACGGUCUGGCCAGGGCUCUUAACCCUUCUGCAUUCGUUUGGUCUGAUGAGGAUAGAGAGGAAAAGCAUUGGCUUGCGACUUCCAAUUCUUGGUGGGAUCGUAAAGCAUGCCGCUGGCUCGGUCUCUGUGGCGUUGCUCACUACCAUGGGGUAAAGGGCCGUUUUGGACAUCGCAAAUUUAGACACGAUGGUCAGAUACCACAGAUUGAUGAUGACAACCGGGAUUGGGAAUACGCAUGGCCAAGUGGAAACAAAACUAGCCCCGAGGAUUGGGCGGAUGAUGAACGUCGAUUACGCUUGAUACCCGAUUACGUUCUGGAAUAUGCACCUCUGGUUCAUCUAUUUUCUGGUGAACAGUUUUGGCCUACAGAUAUUGCGGAACAUUUACAUCACGUCACACCACAAUUGAACUAUACUCCAAUUAAAUCUCAGGAAGAGCAUUCUACCCUCUCCAACCUUGAUGAAUUGAAUAAGUGGCAGCUGGGGAGAUUUGUUUUCUUGACCAGCAAUGACAAUGUUGAGGGUCGCCCGCUUUGGCUGGGAGGGAAGGGAAAUAUCCCAAAAGCUGUUGACUCGGGGGAUGAAUUGGAGUGGAAUGGUGGAGUUCAUGGAGCGCAGGAUGACCUUCCGCUCGACGAUAUGAAAGACUGGUAUGAUGUGGGAGAUGGAAGUUCUCGAUGUGAAAGUUGCGAUAGAACGGACCCUGGUUCUCCUGGACAGCCUGUUACUACGGAGACUUCUGAAGGGGAGCAGUUUGCGGCUGGAGUAUUUAACGAACGAAGCACACGCGAAGUGAAGAACAACAAGUCUGGCCACAGCAAAGCCCCUGCAGUUUUAAUCGUCGUGGAUAAAGGCAACGACGUUGUGGAUGCAUUCUGGUUCUAUUUUUACAGCUUCAAUCUGGGUAACGUCGUUCUCAAUAUCCGUUUCGGGAACCACGUUGGCGAUUGGGAACAUUCUCUUGUUCGAUUCCAUAAUGGAAAACCAAAGGCAAUAUUCCUCAGCGAACAUUCGUUUGGAGAGGCAUAUACCUAUGAAGCGGUGGAGAAAAUUGGGAAAAGGCCAGUGAUAUACUCCGCAACAGGAACCCACGCCAUAUACGCCACCCCAGGCACGCAUGCCUACAUUCUCCCCUGGGGCCUCCUACGCGACGUAACCGACCGCGGCCCCCUCUGGGACCCCAUCAUGAACUACCACGGCUACACAUAUGACUCUACCAACGACAUCCUCCGCGCCGCAAACACCACACCCCACUCACCAACAGAAUGGUUCUACUUCGCCGGCCACUGGGGCGACAAAUACUAUCCCCUUAGCGACGAGCGGCAGUACAGAUUUGCCGGCCAAUACCACUAUGUGAACGGACCCUUGGGUCCGCGGUUCAAAAACCUUGGCCGAAAAACGGUUUGUCAGGGCAGUCCGAGGGAUUCGUGCGUCAUUCGGAAUUGGAUUGGGAAUAGCAUGAGACCGAAACGGUGGGUUAAUGUUGGGGAAGGAGAGAUGAUUAGUGAAGAGGAUGCGCAGCAGCUUUUUGGGGAUGAGAAGAUAAUGGUAUGA